AUGGAAGACGACUACGACUUCCCGGCGGCCGGCGGGUACGACUCCAUGGGAAUGAUGGGAAUGGGGAUGGGGGGCCUCGGCCUCGGCGGAGCGAUGGGGAUGGGGAUGGGGGGCUACGGCCUCGGAGGUCCCAUGGGGAUGGGGGGCUACGGCCUAGGCGGCGAGGACGACGACGAGGCCAUGAAGGACCUCCAGGCCGGCGCCGGAGCAGGGGCAGGGGCAGGGGACGAUCCUCCCGCGGAGUUGAAGGUUGGGGAGGAGAGGGAGAUCGGGAAGGAGGGGCUGAAGAAGAAGCUGGUGAAGGAGGGCGAGGGAUGGGACCGCCCCAGCGACGGCGACGAGGUCGAAGUUCACUACACGGGGACGUUGAUGGACGGCACCAAGUUCGACUCCAGCAGGGAUCGCGACUCCCCGUUCAAGUUCACGCUGGGCCAAGGACAAGUUAUAAAGGGAUGGGAUUUGGGCAUCAAGACCAUGAAGAAAGGCGAAAAUGCUGUUUUCACAAUCCCAUCAGAGCUUGCAUAUGGUGAAGAUGGCUCACCACCAGUCAUCCCUCCAAAUGCCACGCUGCAGUUUGACGUUGAACUUCUGUCAUGGGUGUGUAUCAAGGACAUUUGCAAGGAUGGAGGCAUCUUGAAAAAGGUACUAGCCGAAGGCGAUAAGUGGGAGAACCCCAGAGAUCCUGAUGACGUUUUUGUUAAGUAUGAAGCAAGGCUUGAGGAUGGAACAGUUGUAUCGAAAUCUGAUGGUGUUGAGUUCACUGUGAGAGAUGGUGUAUUUUGCCCUGCCAUAUCAAAGGCUGUCAAGACUAUGAAGAAAAAUGAGAAGGCCCACCUCACUGUCAUGCCACAAUAUGGCUUUGGUGUGAAAGGUAGACCGGCCUCUGGAGAAGAAGCUUCUGUGCCUCCUAAUGCGACAUUGCACAUUGAUCUUGAAGUGGUGUCCUGGAGGACAGUCACUGAGUUAGGCAAUGACAAAAAGAUCCUUAAGAAGAUCCUUAAAGAGGGUGAAGGCUAUGAACGUCCCAAUGAUUGUGCAAUUGUCCGAGUGAAACUUAUUGGGAAGUUGGAGGAUGGUACCUUAUUUGUCAAGAAAGGUCAUGAUGGUGAGGAGCCAUUUGAGUUCAAGACUGAUGAGGAUCAAGUGAUUGAAGGGCUUGACAAAGCAGUACUCAGCAUGAAGAAAGGAGAAGUAGCCUUGGUCACUAUUCCUCCUCAUCAUGCCUUUGGAACUAAUGAAACAAAUCAAGAUCUGGCUAUAGUUCCACCUAACUCAUCUGUUUACUACGAAAUGGAGCUUGUCUCAUUUGAUAAGGAGAAAGAUUCAUGGGACUUGAAGAACGUUGCUGAGAAGAUUGAAGCAGCUGCUAAGAAGAAAGAAGAAGGGAAUGUGUGGUUUAAAGUUGGCAAGUAUGCCAGGGCUUCUAAGAGAUAUGAAAAGGCUUUGAGCUUUGUCGAGUACGAUAGCUCCUUCAGUGAAGAAGAGAAGCAGCUAUCAAAACCACUUAAGAUAAGCUGCAAGCUCAACAAUGCUGCAUGUAAACUAAGACUUAAUGAUUACAAGGAAGCAAAGGAACUGUGUACCGAGGUCCUGGAAUCUGACAGCACAAAUGUGAAGGCCUUGUACAGAAGGGCACAGGCACACAUUCAUCUUGUUGAUCUUGAUUUGGCAGAGGCAGAUAUCAAGAAAGCUCUAGAAAUAGAUCCUGACAACAGGGAUGUGAAGAUGGGGUACAGGAGGCUAAAGGAGAAGGUCAAGGAGUACAAAAGAAGGGAUGCCAAAUUGUAUGGCAACAUGAUUUCCAAGCUGAGCAUGCUUGAAGACACGGAAGACAAUGACCAAAUGAGUCAGGCACUAAACAAGAAGCGUGGGCUCUUAUGGCCACUGACAGAAAUGCUUAGGGGAUUCUUCACUACCGAUGGUAGCAAGGGGUCCACGCUGUGGCUUGUGCUGAGGCUAUUGAUUCCGGUAAUACUAUUGGUUGCAGUAUGUGUGGGUUACUACAUGCACAGCAGUGUUCAUGAAAUAGACUGCAUUAACUGUUAG